AUGGCGUCGCUGAGGUUGUCGAGCGUCACCGGCUCGGGUCUCCUCCUGAGGACGGGCGGGGGUAGCGGGGGAGGCCGAGCGGGUGGCGGCCGGUGGCAGUCGCACUGGCAGCCUACUACUCGCUCCACCUCCUCCUCCUCCUCCUCUUCCUCCUCCUCCUCCUCCUCCUCCUCCUCCUGCUCCACCACCACCACCUCCUCCUCCUCUUCAGGCAUCCGAUCCUCCCUUUGCGCGCGUCGUCCGCGGAUGUUCUGUCCACAGAAUAAUCCGGAGAGGCAGCCCCCCGGCCGCUCCUGCUCCUGUCUCAGCCUGCGCAGGUUGAUAACUUUGUACUCGUACUGUUCCCCCUCCUCUUGA